AUGUUUAACAUUCAUUUUCCUUCCCAUUUUGCCCUUCUUUUUCAUGCUUUUGCAAUGAAUACAGGAAGCCCUCAUAAGAGAACAAUGCUGGUCGUUCUGGGGCUUUUAAGUAUUUUCCUGGUUGUCAGAAACAGCCAUGCAUACCAGUUCAAGGUGGGAGGUUCUGGUGACUGGAGCCUUGCAUCGUCUUCUUCCUAUGAUCAAUGGGCACAACAAAGCAGGUUUCAAACCGGAGACACCCUUAUGUUUAGCUACCAGCCUAACGAGGACUCUGUGCUUCAAGUAAGUGAAGAUGACUACAAAAAUUGCAGUACGACAUCAUCCAUUGCAAAAUACAAUGAUGGUCAUACUGAGAUCAAGCUAAACCAAUCUGGGCCACAUUACUUCAUCAGUGGUGUUAUAGAUCACUGCAAAAAGAAUGAGAAAGUUGUGAUUAUUGUAUUAGCAAACAGAAGCAAUCGCUCUUCUGAAACUCCAUCUCCGUCUCCAUCUGUGUCUCCAUCUGCAGCCCCAUCUACUGCUCCGGUCAGUGAAGAGAUUCCAUCUCCUCCACCUGCUCCAGUUACACCGGAAAUCGACAUGACUCCGGCUCCUGCUCCAGUGGAAGAGAACCCUUCACCUCCUACUAAGAAUGGUGCGUCUUCAGUUGUCAAAAGUUUCUUUUGCUCUUUUGGAGGGUUUGUUGGUUUAUCGUUUGUUUUCAGUUUUUGAUUUGGUUGUGAUUAUUUAUUCGAACAAUUCUGUCAAAUAAGUUCCAUGUAAUUGGAUUAUAUUGAGGGUAUAUAUAUGAACAAUGCUUGUUUGUAAAGAAA